UUCCGCACCACAUUUGGCGGGUCGCUGCACGUAAGUGAGUUCAAAACCGCGUGCCAAUAUCCAUUGCCCUUUUCCGUCGCCCACUCCCGCCGCCAUUCUGCCGUUUAUUCAUUACAGCACCACUCUGCUCCUCCAAACGCAGAUGGAGAUUUCGGAGCCGGAAGUAAUACGGGACAAAUCGCUGAUGCGAUCCUGGUCACGCUCCCGCCGCUCCAAUGGCCAAACCCUAGCUCUCGUCCCCACUAUGGGGUUCCUUCACGAAGGACACCUUUCUCUUAUCCGCACCGCCAAAUCCCUGGCUGAUCUCACCGUCGUCUCUAUCUACAUAAACCCCGGUCAGUUCGCCCCAUCCGAGGAUCUCUCCACCUACCCGUCCGAUCUUGCUGGCGAUCUCCGGAAGCUUUCCGACGCCGGUGUCAGUGCCGUCUUUUGCCCUUCUGAACUGUACAUUUCGGCUCCAGGUAAUGACUUUGGCGGGCAUCUGGGAGCUGUUAAUGGCGAGAGGGUCGGGGCUUCUUGUCUCGAGGAUGGGGGCAGUGGGCACGAGACUUGGAUUACGGUGGAGAGGCUGGAGAAAGGGAUGUGCGGGACAAGCCGACCGGUGUUUUUUAGAGGGGUUGCGACGGUGGUGGCGAAAUUGUUCAAUAUAGUGGAGCCGGAUGUGGCGGUCUUUGGGAAGAAGGAUUAUCAACAGUGGCAAAUUAUUUGUCGGAUGGUUCGCGAUCUUGAUUUUGCUAUUAAAGUUAUUGGUUCGGAUAUUGUACGAGAGGCUGAUGGCCUCGCCAUGAGUUCCCGAAAUGUGCAUUUAUCACCUGAACAGAGAGAGAAGGCUUUGUCUAUCAGUAGGUCUCUAUCUAAAGCGAAACUUGCUGCAGAGAAAGGACUGAAAAAUUGUCAGCACCUAAAAGAUUUAGUCAGGCAAACAAUAUCUGAAGCUGAUGGGAAAAUUGAUUAUGUUGAGAUUGUGGAGCAGCAGGGCCUAAAGCCUGUUGAAGAGAUCUCAUGCCCCGUUGUACUAUGCGUUGCUGCCUGGUUCGGAAAUGUUAGAUUGAUCGACAACUUGGAAAUCGAUUAAUCAAUUUAUGAUUUUCCAAUUUUGUCAGCCUCAAAUGAAACAUUUGUUUUUCACAGCAAAAUAAUAUGAAUUGCACAAGUCAUCACUGCUGUUCCUUAAAUUAUCUCCUUCAAAUUAGGGCUGUGAAUUUAGCUCGAAGAUCUUUAAUCGCUCAAAAAUCUAUUUGAAGUGUAGCUCGGAUUGAGAUCUGAUUGAAAUUAACGAGCUAAGCUA